UGGGAGGAAGGCGGGGCAAGCCGGAACAAGCUGUCCCUGGGAACCUGCAGGCUCCCUCACUCCGUUUCGGAACCCCAUUCUCCUCCGGGGAGACAGGAGGGGGUUCCAAGGGACUUGGAUACAGUCCCUUGGCGGAGACGGUGGAGACACGUAGCUGCUUCGGGGCUGAUCCUGCGGAGCGGGGCGCCCCUCCCCGCCCCCAUUCCCCUGGGUUUCACUCCGGUUCUUUGCAAAGGGAGGGGACAGCGAGGGGGCCCUGCGCAUCCCCCUUCUUGGAGCUGCAGGCUAGGAGCCCUGUGCCCUCGGGAGCCCCGGCAGCUUGCCCUCGGCCGCACGGGGGUGCAGGCUGUCCCCGCCGCCCCCACCCGAGGCUCGCCCUCGCUCCCUCUUUCCAGCUCCACCAGCCGAAGCGCGCACACCGGGGCUCCCGCACGUGGGCGCGCGGGAGGCGGCGGCCGCUGCUGCCCGAGCCCAAGCCGGAGCAGGGCAGAUCGCCCUCCAUGCUGCGGGAGCCGCGGCCGCCUCGCGCUCAGCCUCUCGCCCCAGCCGAGCACUGCGAGCGGGCGAAGCCCCGGAGGGGAACCGGACGGUGACGCGAGCAGCGCAGCGGACUAAAGCGACCCGGGUUCUGAGCGAAGGGCGCCCGCUUGUCGGGAGCAGGCAGCCUGGCUGGGUCGCUCGCCCUCGGCUCCUACCAGCGCUGAGGGCUCCGGGCGGUGCGAUGUCGCCACGCUGCUUCUAGGCGGUGGCCGGGGACGCCUCCUGCAGCCACUCGGCCCGCACCGGCGGCCCCCAAUUCCCUUCCACCCGCAAGUCCUCGGAUCACUCCCGGAGGACGCGCCGGGCCACCCGGCGCGGAGCGGGCGCCAAGUCCGAAGUCUGUCCCCAGCACAGCCAACUUCCGCGGGAGCCCCUCGGCCCGCUGCAGCCUGCGCCAGCCCCGGGAGCGAUGCGCCCCCAGCCGGGCGACGCUCCCUCUGCCAACUCGCCACCCAUGGGAUCCACUGCCCUCGGCCGCCCCGCUCGGAGCGCGUAGCUCUCGCCGCGCGGCCCAGGAGAGGAGUGAGACGCUAAGAGGGUUCGCUGACCCUGCGUGCACCAGACUGCUGUGAACCCCUGAAGGGGAAGCAUCUGUAUUUGAGGACUUAGAAGAACCCUCCAUCUUCAGGAGCUUGAGGACAGCUGCCCUGGAACCUGUGUGGAAGUUAAGAAGACUGUUGCUGUGCUGGGGAUCUGAGGACAUUAUUUCAAUCCCAAUGUUGCCCUGACAUUUGUAUCUAAGAUUCAAGGAGAUUAAGACUAAAAAGAUGCCUCAGGAACAGUACUCACACCACAGGAGCACCAUGCCCAGCUCAGAGGGGCCACACAUAUACAAAGUGGGGAUUUACGGCUGGAGGAAAAGAUGCCUGUAUUUCUUUGUCCUACUCCUCAUGAUUUUAAUACUGGUGAACUUGGCCAUGACCAUCUGGAUUCUCAAAGUCAUGAACUUCACAAUUGAUGGAAUGGGGAACUUAAGAAUCACAGAAAAGGGUCUGAAGCUGGAAGGAGACUCCGAGUUCUUACAACCUCUCUACGCCAAAGAAAUCCAGUCCCGACCAGGUAAUGCCCUAUACUUCAAAUCUGCCAGGAAUGUGACAGUGAACAUUCUCAAUGACCAGACAAAAGUGCUGACUCGGCUGGUGACAGGUCCAAAAGCUGUGGAAGCAUACGGCAAAAAGUUUGAAGUAAAAACGGUUUCUGGAAAAUUGCUCUUUUCUGCAGAUGACAGUGAAGUGGUCGUGGGAGCCGAGAGAUUGCGAGUCUUAGGAGCUGAAGGCACAGUCUUUCCCAAAUCCAUAGAAACACCUAAUGUCAGAGCAGACCCCUUCAAGGAACUAAGGUUGGAGUCCCCAACCAGAUCUCUAGUGAUGGAAGCCCCAAAAGGGGUAGAAAUAAAUGCAGAAGCGGGCAAUAUGGAAGCUACCUGCAGAAGUGAGCUGAGACUGGAGUCCAAGGAUGGGGAGAUUAAGUUAGAUGCUGCGAAAAUCAAACUACCUAGGCUGCCUCGUGGAUCCUACACACCCACAGGAACGAGGCAGAAGGUCUUCGAGAUCUGCGUCUGCGCCAAUGGGAGGUUAUUUCUGUCCCAGGCAGGAACUGGUUCCACUUGUCAGAUAAACACAAGUGUCUGCCUUUGAAGGACUAUCCAUAGUGGACAAUUGUCGGCAGCAUAAAGGCCCUUUUUGGCUUGAGACACUGGCUGCCAGCUAUUUUUACUAGAACACAGAAAGCCUAUCAAAGACCUUUUGUGUGUGUGUGUGUGUGUGUGUGUGUGUGUGUGUGUGUGUAUGAGUGGGUUUGUGUGUGUGGUGAGUGGAUAUAAAUAUAUAUAAAUAUAUAUAAAUAAAUAUAUAUAUCCUCUGUAUAAAAUGAGGUUUCAGUACAAAAGGAACCAUGGGUGACCCUGUGACAUCAUCCACUGUCAUUUUUCCACCCCACCCCCAUCACCCACAUGACAGAAUCUAAGAACCCAUUCAGGCCCAGCAUUCCCCAGGCAAUUUCAAAUCACACAGUGGAUUGCGCACUUAGAGAAUAUCCAUCGAUAUUUUCAAGUAAUCCCUAGUUUCUCUCUUAGAGUCAUUAGAGGCAGUGAUGGCGGGAAUCUUUGGAUCACUCUCAAGUAAUGAUACAUUGGUAUAAAAGAUAAACAUUUGACCCAUCUAUAAUCCCAACACCAGGCAAGUUGUGGUGAUGGAGGCCAGCCUGGGCUACAUAGUGAGGCUGUCUUUAAAACAUAGACAUUUGGUUUCCCUUUCUUAGCUUCAGCCAAGAUGGCUAAGUUCUUCUCUUCAAGAUAAGGCUAGGGUACACCCAUAGAAAUUAGUCACAAAAACUCAUAAUGGCCACCCUUCCUUUGUAGACCAACAUACUAGGAGUUGUGUGGCUAAAAGAAUGGGGGCAGGGAGGUUGAAUUCUGAAAGAAUAUAAAUCACUCACCUGACUUCUACUUAUUCUACUUCCUUUAACUCACAUAGUUUCCCACAGUCAAAGAGUAAGAGCUUUUAAUCAGCAUAGAAGAGGACAUCAGCUCCUCCGCCAAAGGCUAGAAGCUAUUCAAUGGACUGACAGACAAAAAAUACAUGGGCAAGACAUCUCAUUUCAGGAAAACCUGUCUCCCAAGUGUUUGGGUUCUCAUUUCUGACUUUAUCCAACAGAUGAACUCAAAAUCAUUAAAUCAAUCAGAAUCCCAAAGAGUGAGCUCCAGAUCCCAAGAGAAGUUAUUUCAAGAUGGAAAUCUAACUAAGAGUACCAUAGGGAAGCUAACUAAUUUUCCUAAGUUUCUUGAGAUGAGUAGGCCAUUGAGAGACACAUCAGAUUUUCAAGGGCUUGCACAGACUCUCUUGCUUUGCUCUUGUAGGUUUUGUCAGUGCUGGGGUAUUCAUAUUCCUGAACUCACUGCUGUGAGACCUAAGCCACUACAUGCUGCCAGAAUUACUCACAGCAGGUUAAUAAAACAGAGUCAUGUGUCUUCAUCAGAACCACUGUCCCCUGGGUUCAGCAGCACCCAAUCCCUAUAUGGACACUAUAUGGAAAUAGUCUCUAAUUCCCGCCAUCAGCUACCUCUUAACCCCACUUUCAUUGCCAUGCCCCAGGGUCACCCUGGCCAGCUCUUGUGCUGGGACAGGGGAUUACACCAUCUCUGUUCAAAGAGGGGGAAAUGUGCCUAUGCCUUAAGCCAAUGCACUCAGCAAGGAGAAGCACAUCCUAGUUAUCUUGUUAUCUGUAGUUUAUUUUGGGUGGUUGAAGGGAAAUGGUUUAGUCAUGACUGGGCAUCAGAAACUGGUAGACAAACCAACUGGUUUCCACAUUUGGACUCUGAGGAGCCCAGAAUGCAGGUAUAACUGAAACUAGAUGAAACAGCGGCCCUACAAUCUUGAAUGAAGUUGCUUUUGUAGGCCUCA